GGCUUUUCUCUCACCUCAGCCCUCCACGUCCUUCUUUUUGAUGUGGGCAUUUGCCGCCACGUGUCGGCUCUUUACUGGUCACGCUUUUCCUAUUUUUUUUUUAAAAUUUUUUCCCUUACUCUAUUGGGCUCUGGCGUAUUCUCUUUGGGCUAUGGGGUUUUCUAAUUUGUUCCACCAUCGCGGCCCAGCUGAAGCACGCCUAGGGCUUCGACGUCUGUUCUUUGUCUUCGUCUUCUACCUUCUCAUCUCUGAGUCGAGACCACGCAGAGAUUCGAGACUGUUCCGUAUGCCUAACGCCUCCGAUCUCAAUAACUUCGCACCUUAACUCCACCUCACUCCUUUUACUCCACUCCUUCUACUUCAAUUGCGCCAUCAAUACACCUCUUCGUUUUCCAUCGUAUCCGGCUUGAUCCUCACCUAUAAAUACGGCAUCAAGCGAUCUUACGAUGCACACCUCAAAUCUAUCGAACUUUAGAAGUACGCUCUUUUCUAAUCUCUUUUCUAUCAACCGAUUUCGAUGGCGUUCACUCUUCUUAGCGACUUGAAAGCCGGCCGAUGCUCCAAUACCGCGGAGGUCCGUCUGCUGAGGGUUUGGGAGGCUAGGAAUAUCAACAAGGGCAUGGAGCUAAUGAGUCUUGACAUGUUGCUAAUCGAUGAGAACGUAAGAUCCGUUUGACUCUUCUAAAACCUCUUAAUAUUUUGUUUGUCUAAGAUCCGUUUUAAUCUUCUACCAUCUCUUAAUUGUUUAAUUUUCUAAGAUCCGUUUUAAUCUCCAAAAAUCUCUUAAUAGUUUAAUUUUCUAUAGAUUCUAAUUUUUUUAAUCUUCAUUGCUCCAUCAGUCUACUGUCGUGCACGGAACUGUCUCUGCCCUUCUCCAGCUUAGGUUCAGACCACGUAUGACGGAGGGAUCUGUAUACACACUAAGCGGCUUCGAUGUGACGCGCAGCAGCCCGAAAUACCGGCUAUCUGAUGCGCCAGUAGCCAUUCGUUUCAAUGAUGGCACCGAAUUUGAAAAGCUAGCAACGACAUCUCGGACGAUACCCACGGAGCACUUCCGUUUCCGACCGUACGACCAGAUACUUGGACUAGCCAACACUGGCAGACAACUCCCUGGUAUAUAAACAUUUUGUUAUUUUUUUUUAUGGUCGUCGUUUACUUAUGUCAUGCUCUAACGUUCUCCCAAUCCAUACUAUGUCAGACGUAAUGGGAGAGCUUAGUGCAAUUAGGAGCACAAUAACUGACCGUAUCCCUGGGGCUCAGCGCGUAAUGCUUAACUUGCGUCUUGAGAGGUAUUGUCAAUCUUCUCAGUUUCAUUUGUUAUUCUUUUAACUCUAGCAUAUCACUGACUCACUUUUUAACAUGAUUUUUUUGAAGCGAUACUACUGUGUGUGUUAGUAUCUUUGACUCCUUGGCCCUUGCAUUCCAUAGCAAGCUCGAUGUGUACGGAAAAGAGCCAAGGAUCGUUGUUGUAACAGCCGUGAAUCCUAAGUUGGUUUCAGGAAAGUUAUAUUUGAAUGGCACUUCUGCGACACGUGUUUUUUUUGAUUCCGAAACCGCUGUAGGCGUAGAUGCAUUAGCCAGGCAAGCAUCCUUUCUCUUAUUUGAUAACGCUUUUUUUUUUUUUUUUGCUAUUGAUUUGUCAUAAGCGGUUACAUUUUAUUAUCCUCGCAGGUUACCAAGUGGUGGUACAGACCAGGCAGGGUCUUCAUCCAAGGUGGUUCACGCACAGAAGAUUGAACCCAUGACAGUUUCAGAGCUUAACCAAUUUAUCUUCACGGCCGAUCCUCAGAUAAUUGAGUUUCUCUGUACGGCCAAGGUGACUGAGAUUCAGCUUGAUGAGGGUUGGUGUUACAUUGGCUGCUCCACUUGCUCCAAGAAACUCAUCCGAGAGGAGACUUCAUUCACAUGCGUCCCAUGCAAUGAAACUAAUGCUGUGGCUAAACUCAAGUAUCGUGUGAUUCUCUCCGUCUCAGAUGACACUGGUGCAGCAGCUUUCCUUGGUUUUGAUGAAGAGAUUGCUAGCCUGACUCAUGUUCUUGCUUCUGAUGCUGCACAUAUCGUGGGGAUAGGUACUAAUGCCCAAGUUGACAUCGACCUACCUCGCUCACUCGCUAAUCUGGUGGGGAGUACCUACACUUUCCAGCUCAGGUUAAAGGACUUCAAUUUUGGUCCAAAUCACCGAAGCUUUACCAUAUCUCGCAUAUUCCCCGCACGUGAUCUUGCGCCAAAGCCAACUUUUUCUGAUGGUGGCGAGGAUACCGAUCAAUCUAUACCCCAAUCUGUGGCAACAGGAUUAGAUGUCGGAGCUGGUAUCGUAAACAAUGGUGCAGAUCAGCUCACCGAUGCUGAUGGUGCACGUAUGGUGCAUGAAGCAGCAGCAUCGGGUGAAGACGCUGGGGAAGCAACUGCACGUAAGAAAGCACGUGUGGAAUGAGUGCUACCUUGGAACCCAAACAACCACGAUUAGACUAUAUGAUUCUCUGUUUUUUAUAUUUGGAUUUAGAUUUGUCUUUUAGUUCUUUGUUUUUUUUUUUAAGGUCUUUGCUAUGUCGUUUUUUCAAAUUUCUCUUAAUGAAAAACUAUGGGUCGUGGUUGUCCUAUUUUCUAUUUCUCAGGUGCCUGGCAUUAAUUAUAUUAUCCAUUAACUUCACAUGUGUAUGAACCACCGUCCGUCAUGUAAAAACAUAAAUUAACCAAGUUAAAACAUUAGUUUUCGUUCUGAUACAUGGUAAAUUUAAAAACUAUAAAAAGUCACCUCAACUUAAGUGUUAAAUUCGAACUCUCUUUCCUCCUAGCACAUUGGAAAAAGUAUUGGUUUUGUACAAUUAGUGGAAGAAAACCACUAACAAUCAGUUUGCCUUGAGGUACAAGUCAUUGGAAGUUCCGGCUAACCUUAAAAUGUUGACAUUUUAUCACGUUGGCAAGCUACUUUACACGGCAUCAUUUAGGAACCCAUGACAUGUACUUAAUGUGGAUAAAUUUCCUAUAAAGUUUAUAAAGAUUGGGUUUGCGCUAGGGGUUAUUCAUGUAUUUAAAAUCAAACAAAAUUUAGACUAAGUUUGCAUUGUAGAGGCAUAUAUUACAAAAUCAAAACAUAAAAAUAUAAAUAAACCCAUUACAAAAGUGGCUUCAAAGUGGGUAUUUUAAAUUUUUCUUCCUUUCCUCUUAUGUUAGGGGAAAAAAUUAGUAAGCGUGAUCGAAAGAUCCAAGUGAAAAAAGAGGAUUGCAUAGAAAAACAUUAUACAGCGAAUUUCCGGCUUCAAAGUGGGUAUUUUUCUUCUUUUUCAAAAAAAAACAUUAUACAGCGAAUUUCCACUGCUUCUUCCAAGCCCUAAUGACAAGUACUUAAUGUGAAGAACAUUUGACAACAUUGAAGCUUUGACAUACUUAAUAUUUUCGUUCUCUCUUACUACUAUCUAUGAUUAAUAUAAAAUUUAUAUUAUGGUACAUUAAAUUAGAACAGUAACAAUUGUAUGCUGCCUGCCUGUACGUCUCCCAUUCAUAAAAAAAACUACACGCACAUCCUCAAAACAGUGCACAUAGCAUGAAACAGCCGUUACAAACAAACCUCAUAAUUUUCUCUGGAUUUUCGUUGCAGACUCUGUAUCUGUGAUUUCAUAAUAAAAAAAAAACUUUGGCUACAUCUGCACUGCAAGAAGUCAUGGUUAAGUCCCCGGUACCAGAAACAGAUAAAGGACCUUUGAGGAGAUCAAGGAGAACAGAAAGUGUUCCUCUACUAUCCACACCAUCAUCAUCAACUGCAACUAAAAGAAGCCGGAAAAAAAAAAAAGGUUAGUCGUAGCGAUACACUAAUUUACACAUACUUAUAUAUUUUGACGCCUUCUCCAAGUUAUUUACUCUCUGUUUCAUCAGUAUCUGAUGAACGCCAGCCUUGGUUGAAAGAGCAAUUUCUACCACUCACACCUCCAACUUUGCUCGGAUGCAGAGGAGACGUAGAUCGUAUUAAAGGUAUAUGACCCCUCAUUCUGAGUCUUAUUUAUCAAGUCAAAUCUAAUUUGUUGGCUCUCCCUUUCUCCAAUCCGAUUACAUUCUCAGAAACUAAUGGGCGUCUCGCCCGACAGAACCGAAGAAGCAUGCGCGCAGAAAAGAGAAACAAGGCACUACAACAAGAGAUACAGCACAACACAGCCCCUAUCUUAGCUGUCCAAAAUAACACUAUCAAUGUUGUUGACACAGAACGUGGUAAUGACCAAGCAGCUAGAACAUUCAAAAUUUUAUUUUAAUUCGUAACUCAACUUGCAUUAUUAAUUUGAAUUAUAGAUAACAGAAGAAUAGCUCGGGCUCUGCGUAUGGAGAGACUAAUCAACAAGAGAGUAGCCACUACAAAAAAAUGUUAGCUCUUCGUUAAGACUUAUAAUUGCUGGCAGUUUACAAAGCGUCUUAAGCUACUACAGUCUUUCUAUUACUAAUACCAUAGUUUUAACUUUUUUAAAACAGCAUUAGUGUGUGCGAGUGGAAGCCGACCAGGUAUGAUUCAAACCAUCUAUGCACAUGAAAUUAACAAUAUAUGAUGCCAAUAAAACUUUCUCAACUGAACUGGCAGGGAGGUACCGGCGCCCAGUUGUAAACAAGUGGGAGUUAGCAACAUGCCCGGACUGUCAAGCAAUUGUCUGGAAUGCAGAAGCUGUAGUUCAAGAGACAAGGAACUCACCCAGAAGGUUCAGCAUAUGUUGUCAGCAAGGGCGUGUAAAGCUACCACCUAGACGACAACCACCUUCGCCUCUGAAAGAACUUCUCCAAAGAUCAAGCUUCAAAAUUAUGAUCCGCGUUGCUAAUGGAAUGUUAGCCUUCACAUCCAUGGGUGGCCAAAUUGACAACUCUGUUACUAACACUCCUGGACCCUUUUCAUUUAGACUUCAUGGGCAAACUCACCACAGAAUUGGUUCUCUACUUCCACCAGAGGGGAAACCUCCGCAGUUCUCGCAGCUUUACAUAGUCGACACAGACAAUGAACUGGCAAACAGAAAGAAGGCAUUCAGCAAGGGUACGUCCGAUCUAGCAGUUGAUGAUAAUGUGAUGGCUGGUUUGAUCAAGAUGUUGGAUGAACAUAAUCCACUCGCCAAGACUUUCAGACAUGCACGAGACCGUAUUUUAUCUGGUGACACCGUUGAAUUCAGUGUAACUUUAGUGAAUCAGAAACAUCGAGGACGGCAAUAUGACUUGCCAACUGCAGGUGAGAUAGGUGGUUUGUACGUUGGCGACUUCACGGCUGACUCUGCCGGUAAAGAUUUAGUGCUCGAGUACAAGUCAUCUAAGCUGCAACGAAUCAGUGAUUUACACCCUCUGUACAUGAGUCUUCAGUACCCGCUGCUGUUUCCCUACGGAGAAUAUGGAUACGAUGAGCGCAUACCUUAUCACACUUCUGAAAACUCUAAAAUAAAACGAGAAUAUAUGACCAUGAGAGAGUACUACGCUCAUCAGAUUCAGACAAGACCAUCCGAGGGUAUGACAAUCAUUAUCUCUGGAAAAUUGCUUCAUCAGUAUAUUGUGGAUUCUUUCACUGCGACCGAGCAGGAAAGAUUGCGCUUCAUCAGACUUAA